UUCACACAUUUUAGUCCGCCCUAAAACACACUGAAGCAGUAGCAGAAGAAGAAGAGCGUAGUUAGCGUUAUGUUCUUUAACGUUGGCGUAACAACCCAAUAAUACAUCCAAUGUUGUAAUUACAAACGGAUGUUGUGCGUUUAAGUACUAGUCUAACUAAGGUAAUACCUGAUUCGACUACAAAAUGGAUUCAAAGUCAAGCAAUCGGUCUCCGACGGAAGAAGAGGAACUCGAAGACGGAGAGAUCUGCGAUGAUGACACCGACGAAAAGGUGCUUGUAAUGCAGGAUACAAUUAGGCCUAGUAGUACGAGUAACACCAACUCAUCACGAAAUAGACGGAAAUCGAAUCCAUCGGCGCGAAGUUUACCUCCUCUUAUGUGUAGCCAGCCUACAGAUUUUCGACUUUUAAUGCCAUACAACCGCGGACCACAUUUGCACAGUCCCUUUCCCCCGAACCACAGACAGCAAAGCGGACCCGACCGGCCGCCGCCACUGGGGCCUCACUUUGACCAGAGCCCACGUUCCAGCUUCUGGGAACGAAGUCACACAGCCCUGGGUCGAUUCAGGCACCGGGGGAAACCAGAAGAUGACGGUCGCGGGGAUUGGGGACGUGGAGGCUGGGGAGACGGAUGUGGGGGAGGGAGAGAGACUGGUAGGCUUCCCCCGGGUCGUUAUGGGCCCGGAGAGAAUCACAGUAACAAGAAAGAAUCUCCCACGAGAAACAAACAGAAGGUAAUGAUGGGGAGGAAUCAGGUAAGAAACAAGCAGAUGAUGCACAACAAUGCUGCCAAACCCGAGAAUGGUGUUAACGAGAGCUUUGAGGAUCUGCUCACCAAGUACAAACAGAUUCAGCUGGAGCUGGAAUGUAUUAGAAAAGAAGAAAACAUGGUUCUGAAGCCCAAAGAAGACCUGUCGGUUCUGAACGAGUCUGAAGUUUCUGCCAGUAAUCCCCAAACCGAGCCAUUACCUGACACUAACAGUAUUCCAAAUGACGCUGCUGCAGAGACGCCAGGCCCAGAGACGCCAGGCCCAGAGACGCCAGGCCCAGAGACGCCAGGCCCAGAGACGCCAGGCCCAGAGACGCCAGGCCCAGAGAAGCCGGAGGAGAAGAAGGUCUUUCAGGCAUUCAACCUCAAACCUCUACGACAGAAACUCCUCACUCCUGCAGAAAUUGAUGCACUCAAAACGAAAACGGAAAAGAGAGAUCCAGAGAAAGAGGACAGUGACAUGGAGAGUGGAAGAGGUACAGUUGAGGAACCAGUUGCUAUCCCGGCUGCUAUUCCCAAAGGAGAAGAGGAAAAGGAGGAGAAAGAUGGUUUGAAGAAAGAGGUUAACAAGAAAGGGGAGAAGGACAAAAUCUGUGUGUGCUGCAGCAGCAAAUCUGAUGACCCGAAGAAAGAGGGGGAGAAGAAGAAUCCGAAAGUCGGUUGUGUGUGCUGCAGCGUGUCAUCAGAGGACUCCACUCCAUCCCCUAUCAAGCCUAAAGUGAAAGGGAGUAAUGAAGACGAGGAGCUGUCUGAGCUGCAGCUGCGUCUCUUGGCCUUGCAGUCAGCCAGCAGGAAGUGGCAGCAGAAAGAACAGCAGGUGAUGAAGGCGGGCAAGGAGAAGAUCACCAACGCCAAGCCCUCCCAGGAGAAGACCUCCAGCUCUACAUCCAGUGCCAACCCAGCCGAAAGGGGCAGAGUCACCACCAGGUCUGCCUCCUCUGCUGCCUCGGAGAAGGCCAAAGCUCUGGCCAACAAGCCCCUGGAGAAGGCCAAGGCUGGGGCUAAUCCUCCAGUGGAGAAGGGCAAAGCUCCGGUCAAGGGGUAUCCAGGGAGGAAGAUGAUCAGCCCAGGCUCGGUGGCCAAGCAGGCGUUCCGGAAGCAGCAGUUGAGGACCUGGAAGCUCCAACAGCAGAGAGACCAGGAAGAGCAGCGGAGACAGGAGGAGGAGGAACGCCGCAGGAGGGAGGAAGAGAUCCGCAAGAUCCGGGAUCUGUCCAAUCAGGACGAGCAGUACAACCGCUUCAUGAAGCUGGUCGGGGGGUCCAAGCCGCCACUGCCGCGCAAUUGGAGCAAGUCCAGAGACAGCGACCACACCAGGAAGUCUUCUGGUAAACAGGGAUUGGACUCCUCAGGGAACCUCUACCAGUAUGACAACUAUGAUGAGGUUGCCAUGGAUACUGACAGUGAGACCAAUUCUCCUGCGUCUUCUCCAGUACAUGAUCCAUUUGAGGUCCCAGGAUGUUUCACUCACAUGCCUUACCCUGUGGACUCCCCUCAAUACAGAAUUGAUUUGGGACAGCCGCGUUUCCUGUCCGUCAUUCCGUCCGCGCCCCCUCCACCCUUACCCCCAAUGCCCCCACCCCCGGAUGAGCUGGAGCCGCCCCCCAAGCCGCCGUUCGCUGACGAGGAAGAGGAGGAGGAGAUGCUGCUCAGAGAGACCUGCCUCAUGUCCAUGGCCAACAAGAAGGACAUUACCCUUGACAGCGGCCCCCCCUCUCCCUCUCCCCUGGUCAGUCUGGUCCAGCCGGUGCCCAGGAGCAACCUGAGUGUGGUCAGCCUCAGCGCAGCACCCCAGCCACGGAGCAACAAGUUCAGCCGCGGGCAUCACCACCCCAGGCUCCCACUGGUGCUCCCGCGGCACAAGGCGGUGGUAGUACAUCUCAACGGUUCAGACGACAGUGACUCAGACAUGGAGGCCUGCAGCAGCUCUACACAGACACAGUUUGUCUUUGGAGGCCUGGAGUUCAUGAUCAAGGAGGCCCGCAGGACUGCAGAGGCAGCAAAAGCCAAACCGACAUCAGGAUCUGAGGAGAACGAUCCAGUCAGAACCCCUGAGGCUUUACCUGAUGCAAAGAAGGCUGAGUAUCGUCUGCUGAAAGAAGAAAUAGCCAGUAGGGAGAAACAGAAGGUUCUGAUGGACCACAGUCCCCGAGCUGUGUCCUCUCCUGCAGGCUCUGAUCCCGAUGUGGACUUUGCUGCCAAGGCAGCGGCCAAGCUACAGCUGACCGAGGCAGAGACCAACCUGACCAAACACAGAAACCUGCUCCUGAAGGAUGACAACAUUCUGAGGCAGCUCUUACAGCAGGAGCAGAAGAAGAAGGAGGUGUUGAAGGCAGCUGAGGCCAAGGUGGCCAAGCUCAAAGAACAGCUCCUGGCCUCAGAGAAGAUCGUCAGCGCCAACAAGACACUCCUCAACAGGCUCCAGGAACAGAUUCAUCGUGUUCAGCUCCGUGUGUCAGUGAAGAAGAACCACAGCUUGAAGCUACAGAAGGAGCUGGUUCAAGCCCAGGCUGCCGCAGGCAGAGAGCCAGGGGGUCAGAAACAACGCACGGAAGUCAGCCACCCCUCGCCUGUGAAGCGUCUGCGUGUGGAAGUCUCCGUCGCUCCCCGCGGCACUGAACGCCACUUCGCCGACCUCCUGGCCCAGAAGCAGCGUCUGCAGCUGCUAGAGUCAGAGUACGCCCUAAAGAUCCAGAAACUGAAGGAGGCCCAGGCCCUCCACAACCGAGGAGCCGUCCCCGAACCCCCGCCACCCCAGGCCACCUCCACCCCUCUCCCCAGGGCUCGCCAGCCCAGCGCCCCCCCCACCAGCCCCUUCCCCCUGCCCCAGCCCUCCCUGCACGACCUCACCCAGGAUAAACUCACACUGGUCAGCAAUGAGGACAUCACUGAGACGGAGGACAGCGACAUGGAACCCGCCGCUGCAGCCACGCCCUCCGCCUCGGCCCGGAGUGUUCGCAGACGCUCUUUCAGAGAGACAGGCGCCCCCACCAAGCCUAAACUGGAUCCUGGUGGGACUGGGCUGGUCAAGGGUUGUCCAGCCAAGUCAGCCAAGGUUAAGGCCGCUGGGCCUGGGGAGCUGUUCCUAGGGCCUGGAGGUGGAGGCCCUGCAGAGGAUGACAAGCAGCAGGCCAACCUGGGAGAGCUGCUGCUGGGGGAACUACGGGUGCUAGGUGGCACUGUGGAGAGAACUCCAGCUGGGAAGGUGAUAGAGGUGGAUGUAGACAUAAUGGCUGCCCAGUCAAGCCGUGCUGAGCUAAAGCCUGUCCCGUUCGGACAAUAUCGCAGCCCUCUCCUGGUCUUCAAGUCUUACAGGUUCAGUCCAUACUUUCGGACCAAGGAGAAGUUAUCACUCAGUUCUGUGUCUUACAGCAACGUUGUAGCGCCCAAAAAGUGUUUCUGUCGCUUCGACCUCACAGGCACAUGCAAUGACGAUGACUGCAAGUGGCAGCAUAUGAGAAACUGCACUUUUGGUGGAAACCAGCUUUUCCAUGAUAUCCUGUCGUACAACCUGGCCCUGAUUGGCUGCUCGGAGAGCAGUACUACUGAUGACAUCAGUGUUGCCACAGAAAAGUAUAUCAAAAAGCUCUUUGGGACAAACAAGGAUUGCAUGGGAAUGGACCAGAAGGCCGUCCUACUCUUGAGCAAAGUGAAUGAAAGCAAAAGACAUGUCCCUCCCUUCACCACGUGUAAGGAUCUCAGGAGGUGGAGGCCUCAGCCCACUCGCCAGGCCAGCCCAAACGCAGGGGACGACAGCGGGGACGAAAGUGCAGACGCCAACCCUGGUCCGGUCAAAUACGACGGUUGUUCCAAGAGGAGUUUGUCUGCUGCCAUGGACGUGUGUGUGACCCCAGACGACAAGCGUUAUUUCAUUAGUGAGACUGACGACAUAUCUAACCUGGAGACCAGUGUCCUGGAGAGCCCCCGCGACGCACAGCUCUGGAUCAAACUGGCCUUCAAAUACCUCAGCCAGAAAGAAACCUCAGCGGCUGAAUGCCUGGACGCUGCGUUGAACACGCUGUCUCGUGCCCUGGAAGACAACCGGGACAACCCAGAGAUCUGGUGCCACUACCUGUCUCUGUUCUCCCGCCGAGGGAAGAGGGACGAGGUGCAGGAGAUGUGUGAGAUGGCUGUGGAACACGCCCCCGACUACCAAGUCUGGUGGAGUUACCUAACCAUGGAGAGCUCGUUUGAGGGGAAGGACUUCGUGUGUGGUCGUCUGCUGAAGUACCUACUAGACUGUUCUUGGACUAGUGGACGCUCUGAGAGGCUAUCCUUCCAGCUGCUGGAGACUCUACUCUACAGGGUCCAACUCAGCGUGUUCACAGGCCGGAUACAGAAUGCCCUGGCCAUCCUACAGAAUGCCUUGAAGUCAGUCACUGAGCAGUGCAUUGCUGACCACCUGACCGUGAGUGACCGCUGCCUGGUCUGGCUGUCCUUCAUCCACCUGACAGAGUUUGACCGCCUGCCGGCCAGCCUGUAUGACCCAGCCAACUCCAACCCCUCCCGGGUGGUAAGCACCGAGGCCUUCGCCCUCCCCUGGAGAAUGCCGCUCGACGUCCGCACCGAGCCUGAUACACUUAUCGCUGUGUUCGAAGAUGCAGUACGUCAGUGCACAGACCAGACUCUGCCUCCCAGUGAGAGAACCCUGGCCUGUCUGCCUCUAUACACAAACCUCAUCACCUGCUACAGCCUGCUGGGAAAGUACGAUGCAGGCCUGGAGCUGUGUGAGUCCCUGUUGGCGCUGUGCCCGCAGUCCUGUGUCCUUUUAGAUGCCCUGUCAGGGCUCUACGUGGGGAAGGGGGACUGUGAGCAGGGUGUCUGGGUGUGGCUACGGUCUCUGUCCCAGUGUCCACACAACGCAGAGGUCUUCUACCACACUUGCAAAUUCCUUAUGGCACAGGAGAAGUCCAGUUGCAUCACUCCUCUGUUCCGGGAGUUUGUCCUAUCUUUCUGUGAUGGGGAGAGAAGUGAACAGAAACCUGUGGAUGUACUACGGUACAUCCUUGGUAUUCCAACGGAAGACAUCCUAAGAUGCCCAGUUAUCAAAAAGCAACUUCAAGGGCAGCUUAGUCACCAUAAGCCUUACCUGAACCUCGUCCACUGUCUGUGGCAGUGGGUGCACGGUAAUGUUGGGGAGGCGAUUGAUGCCUUCGAGAGAGCCCUGGGAGCCGUAAUGCAGCUAGAUGUCCUUCACAAGCUAUGGAUGGAUUAUCUCCUUUUUACCAGCAGUAAGCUAGCUGGGAGCCCCUCCAACGGCCGAGAGCUCCGGAUGUUAUCAGAACUUGUCCAGCGUUGCCUAGUAACUGUCCCUUCCAGGCUGGAGGUUCCGUUCAGCUCGGCCCAGUACUGGAGCUGUUUCAGAUUUCACAACAAGGUUAUGUCCCACUACCUGAGCUGUCUGCCCCAAUCCCAGCACCCCCAUAUCCUGGAGAGACUAAAAUACACCAUGCCCACCAACGCUGAACUGGCCCUGAGGUUGCUGCAUCAAGAAUGGCAGGACGGAAAUAUAGAACAUCUGAAAUUCCAGGCCAGAAUGUUGAGCAGUAGCAUUCCAAACUAUCUGGCCAACUGGAAAAUAGCGAUCGCUGUGGAGAGGGAACUCAAGGAGCGCUCCGAGGUCCGGCUUCUCUAUCAGCAAGCCCUGCAGAAGCUUCCACUGUGUGCCAUCCUAUGGAAAGAUCGCCUGCUGUUUGAAGCUGCGGAGGGAGGUAAAACUGAUAAACUGAGGAAACUUGUUGACAAAUGUCAAGAGGUGGGAGUGAGUCUAAGUGAGCCCCUAAAUUUAGGCUCGAGCAAAAUGGAGGGAGAGGAUCACUGAAGAUCACCCCCCCCUCAAAAUAAAUAAAUAACUAGAUUAAAUCGAAGUCCAAUCAGACCAGACCACUGCCUAGGUUAGCCAGAGAGAGGGGGGCAGACUCUAGAGGCAGACCCUCCCGCAGUAGGACUCUCUCCAGCCAGGAGACGCCUGUGGGCAGGACGGUUGCUCGCUCAUCACCGAAGCCAAUGAAUGAACUCCCUCCCUGUCCAAACUCUGGGCCACGCACUCAGGGUUAUAUCACCUUACAUCAUGUACGUAAGUAUAGACCUGCUACCUAAGUGACAAGUAUUUGCUUUUCCCUUUUUAAUUUACAUGUUCCUUUUCUCGUAAUGUCACUUAAUUUUAUUUUGACCUUUUACCUUUACGUACGAGGUUGAAGAGUUUUGACUGACUAUGACAUCCUAACUGGGAUGUUGACGGGCGUCUGUCUGAGUGUUUUAAAGGAUGUUUUCCCCAAAUAGUGAUGCUCGCUGCUGCCUUCUACAGUAUGUGUAACUUUUUUGUUCCAGUGUCUCCCAAGGGAAGAGAUAAAAUGACUUGUUUAUUUCGCUAUUUGUUUUAAGUGAUUAAAAAAACAUUAACAACCGCAUGAAAAUUUAAAGGGCCGGCCAUGGUGACUUCAAAAUGGCUUCCUGCAAAAGUAUUUAUAUUUGGCCCCUCAUCAUUGUCCCAUGUAUUUUUGAGACUGCUGAAUGCUGUGAUAUCCUCUCUGCCAGACAGUCGACCAGCGGGGAAGACCCUUUAAACACAUCUCCAGGCGAGGAUAGUCACAAACAUCUAGUUUAAAUGUUCUCAUGUGCAAUUUUGUUUUUGUCAAAAAUAUAUUACAAUGAUUAGACUAUUUGAGAGGAGCCAAGGAUGAGUCUUUCAACACUUUUUGUAUGUUGAAUUUGAAUGUGUUUAUAUUAAAUUAUUAUCUAAUGAA